UUGCAAACGCCCUAUCUUUUGUGAUCGUUUUGGAGAGGGAGUCCCCCGAAGACCUGAAAAACAGCGAGAACGCGCCUCGGUGGACCAGAGCGAAGGGAGAGACCAAGCGACCCCAGGACCCAAGGAGCCGUCGUGAGUUCCAUGUCGGACUACGAGGAGGAGGAUGAGAAGUGGGUGCAGUGGUUCUGCAGCCUGUCGGGCAACGAGCCCUUCUGCGAGGUGGCGCAGAGUUACAUCGAAGACUCGUUCAACCUCUACGGCCUGCGCGCCAUGGUGCCCAACUACCAGGACGCUCUCAACAUUAUCCUCGAUAUGACAGACAUCCCGUAUGACGACGACGUGCCGGCUUACGCUGCCGAGCUUUACGGGCUUAUCCAUGCUCGAUAUAUCAUCACAGCACACGGACUGGAUGCUAUGAUGAAGAAAUAUCGAGAAGGUGAUUUUGGUAUGUGCCCCAGAGCGCUGUGCGAUGGCCAGCCAGUCGUCCCUGCGGGACUACACGACGAGUGGAAAAAGUCAGAGAUGAAAGUGUAUUGCCCCAAGUGCCGAGACCUAUACACACCUGCCAGCGAGUAUCAGACCCCUGCGAUUGAUGGAGCGUAUUUCGGUACAACGUUCCCGCACCUGUUUUUCCUGACCUACAGAGAGCUAGAGCCGGCCCCGUCCACAUUGCUGUACGUGCCGCGAGUGUUUGGCUACAAGAUCCACAACAAAUCCGAGAACCGCCGACGCCUCGCAAUCCUCGCAAAAGAGGACGAAGAUGAAGAGAAGACUCAACAGCAGCGACGGACUCUGACAGGAGCCAGACGGAAGGGCGUGGCCGACUCGACUGCCGACGGGUCAUCGUCGAGGGUGAAGAAACGGACAAAGCAAGAAGUUUGA